ACUAACAACACAGAAUCACACACAGACAAUGCAGACCAAGAUGCUUUUCACACUGUUCCUGCUGAUCUGCUGGCUUUCCACGGUUCAGCCUGAAACGACACCUGCCAAAAAAAUAAUUCAACAUGAAAAAGAAGAUGAAUAUGACAGAGACAUCCACUCUGUGCUGAGAGAGAUGACCGCCAUGCUCGCUAAACAGAACGUUCAAAUAAUGUACUUACAGAAAGAAAAUGAAGCUCAGGCAGCCAAACUGAGAGACGUGGACAACCUGAAAGAAGCGAUUCAAGCUCAAACAGCAAAGCAGAAAACAACAGAGGAGAAGUUGGCUGAGUUGGACAAACUGAAACCCCAGCUGCAAGUGAAACAGGUGGCUUUCUCAGCCUCUCUGGUGGCCACAGGGCAAAGACACUUUGGACCAUUCAGUGCUCUAUAUACACUGGCCUUCAAACACGUCAUCACAAACAUUGGAAAUGCCUACAACCCAAACACAGGUGUUUUCACUGCACCGGUGAAAGGAGCCUACCACUUUGAGUUCUACAUCUACGGACAUGGACAUGCCUCACAUGGAUCUGGUGCUGUGUUGGUCAAGAAUGGACAUCAUAUUUUUCUUGCAUAUGAGCAUCAGCCAUCCUAUUGGCCAAGCUCUUCCAAUGGAGUCACACUGCUACUAGAGGUUGGGGAUGUUGUAUAUGUACGUCAAUGGCCGAACACAAAAAUCUAUGACAAUGGAGGUCACCACACCACCUUCAGUGGUCAUCUACUGUUCACCAUGUGAGAGGAAAACAUGUGUCUUUUAAUCUGGGGUUAUUUGUUUUCAUUUUCACCUUUUUUAUUUCUUUCAGUAGAUAUUUGACAUAUUUCAGUGGUAUUACACUGAAAAUGCUCACAGGCCUCAGAGACAACAGUCAGAUUGUAGAUAUUCCAGUUCUGUUUCAUUACUGUAAGUAUUUGGUUGUAGACGUUCGUUACAGUCAGUACCUCUUAAACUUUAGUUGAACAUGUUGACACGGCAGCAGUGAGUCAGCAUUUACUGAUGGAUGUAAUUUCAUCUGUUAUAAAUGAAAUCUGGAUGAUAAACCAGUGCUGCCACGUCUUGAUUUAAAGGGAAACUUGAGUUAUUGUUGUGUUUGAAGGGAAUCUUUAAUACU